GAAAUUCAUAAGACAAUAGUUGAUGAACAUUGAGGAGAGACCGAGGAACUUGGUCCCCAAGGUGUGAGGAGACGAUCAUUUAUAAGGCUGUUACCGAUUCACUCUCUCCUUUUGCUUUGUUAUUAGGGUUUUGACGCAAUUUAGAUUGUUUCGGAACUUCUGAAUGGAUUCAAAUCAUUUGGGGCCUGCUCAAGGUGGAGAAUCCGAAGUCGAUGCCGGGGAUUGGAGGUCUCAAUUGCAGCCGGAUUCUCGGCAUCAAAUUGUCGACAGAAUAAUGGAGACAUUGAAGAGGCUCCUUCCUGUUUCUGGUCCUGAGGGAUUGAGUGAGAUGAGGAAAAUUGCUGUAAGGUUCGAGGAAAAGAUUUAUACUGCCGCUACUAGUGAGUCAGAGUACCGAAGGAAAAUAACUGUGAAGAUGCUUACUAUGGAACCCAACUCUGAGACGACCACUGCAUUACCACCAAAGUCUGCGCCCACGAUCAACUGCCGAAUUCGUUCGACCCGAUUCACAUCUCCGCCGCCGAAUUCUGGCUUUCGUUCAGCCCUAAACAACGAGCCUGCUCAAGGUGGAGAACCCAGAGUCGAUGCUGGGGAUUGGAGGUCUCAAUUGCAGCCGGAUUCUCGGCAUCAAAUUGUCGACAGAAUAAUGGAGACAUUGAAGAGGAUCCUUCCUGUUUCUGGUCCCGAGGGAUUGAGUGAGAUGAGGAAAAUUGCUGUAAGGUUCGAGGAAAAGAUUUAUACUGCCGCUACUAGUGAGUCAGAGUACCGAAGGAAAAUAUAUGUGAAGAUGCUUCUUAUGGAACCCAACUCUGAGACGACCACUGCAUUACCAUCAAUGUCUGGGCCUAUGGCUUCCGAUCAACCUUAGAAACAGGCUGCAAUUACUCUUCCACAACAUCCAAAAUAACACUGCUUCCUCUAAUGUAUUUACCAACUCUUAGAGGCCAAUAUACUUCAUUGGCUAAUAAGGUGAAUGAGUCUACAGUUUGAACGUGUUAGUGUUGGAAUGAGAUAUUGUAUGAUAAUUGAAACUGUUCUGAAUCUUGAAUGUUCAUGAGAUUGUUUUGAAUGAAAUAUUGUAUGACAAUUGAAACUGUUCUUAA